UGGCGCGACGCAUUAAUUGGGAAGGUUGGUGAUGUGGUUUUGUGUAAUCACGUGAGCUUAUUACAAAAUAUCGUAAUGGAAGAAGAGGCUCGUCGUAUUCUGCGUAAACUGCGUGAGGAGCAGAUUCGAGAUGGUGACAUGGUGGUACAGCUGUGGGAGAACGUUCUAAUCGACUACUCACACAAACUGGGGGAUGAAUUGUGGCAAGUCUAUGAACAAGUAUGUGUGGCAGCUCUUGAUUGCAGAAAGCUUGUUAUGGCUGAUGCUUGCAUAGAAGCCCUGCUGGCGAAGUUUCCUAAGAGUAUACGAGUUAGACGCCUUCAGGGAAUGCUUGUUGAGGCAGAGGGAAGAUAUGACAAAGCUCAAGAAUUAUAUGAUGCCAUACUAGCUGAGGAUCCUACAAAUAUGUUUGUACGGAAACGUCAGGUCGCUAUCCUAAAAGCACAGGGAAAAUACCCUGAAGCAAUUGAAAAGAUCAACAAAUAUCUCGACAAAUUUAUGACCGAUUAUGAAGCAUGGAUGGAACUCUGUGAUCUGUAUAUCACCGAACAUGACUACGUAAAGGCUGCAUUCUGUUUGGAGGAGCUGAUCAUGUCAAAUCCACAUAAUCACUUGUAUCAUCAGAAGUUUGCCGAUAUUCACUACACUAUGGGCGGUGAUGAAAACACGAAAAUAGCUCGAUCGUAUUACUCUCAAGCCGUUAAGCUGAAUCCAAACAACAUACGGGCUCUUUAUGGACUGUUUAUGGCAUUCCAUAAACUUGGCCACCGUAUAUGUGAAGACUAA